UCCAAUUGUGGAGACCCAAAAUCUAGCUCCAAUUCCGAUUUAAAUUUCCCCUUACUGAAUUCUGAAGCGGAUCGUAUCGCUAAGAACCAGUCCACCCCUACCACUGCCACUGCACCAAAGCACGUCUUCUUGCUUUAAUAGCUUUUGCAACUAAGAAACCAUGAUUGAGCACAAGGACAAGGAGUGGAGUCUCCGAAGGGGGCAGUACCUGGGCGAAAUCUCUGCGCUGUGUUUUGUCCACCUUCCUCCUCACCUCUCCUCUCUUCCCUACCUUCUAGCAGGAACUGGUUCUCAACUAAUGGUCUACAAUUUGGCCACUGGGGUCAUGUUAAGAUCCUUUCAAGUUUUCGACGGAAUUCGAGUGCAUGGAAUUUCUUUGGCGUCUUCCACUGAUCACUCGUCUGAUUCCACUGCCGUCUUCAGGAUUGCUGUUUUCGGAGAGAGAAGAGUUAAAUUAUUCAGUUUGAUGCUCACUUCCCGUACUAACUCAGGGGAAUAUCUUCAUUUGUCACUGACUCUUGUGCAGUCUGUGCCAAGACUAAGCCAUUGGGUUUUGGACGUUGUCUUCUUCCAUGAGCAGGGGAAGCCUGGUCUUGCAAUUGGAUGCAGUGACAACUCUAUUUAUUUGUGGGACAUUUUGAGCUGUAAGGUGCUUUCUCAAGUAAGCUGUUCAGAGAGGUGCCUGCUAUACUCAAUGUGUAUCUGGGGAAAGGAAAUUGGUGCCCUCCUUGUGGCAUCAGGUACAAUUUUUAAUGAGGUCAUUGUAUGGAAAUUGGAUUGUAAGAGUGAUGUUCCUGCUGUACAUCACGGAAACCUGGCUGACGAGAAGGGCAGUAUGUCUCCUUUCCAGCCAUAUAGAGCUAUUAAUUUAUACCGACUGACUGGACAUGAAGGUUCUAUUUUUCGCCUUGCUUGGUCACCUGAUGGAUCAAAAGUAGUAUCUGUUUCUGACGAUAGAAGUGCUCGUGUUUGGGCACUUGGGGAGUGCAAAUGUUUGCAUGAUCUUGCAGAGGGCAGUAUUCAAUGUGUCAGCUCUAUUCUAUUUGGUCACACUGCAAGGGUUUGGGAUUGCUGUAUUUUUGACCUUUUAAUUGUUACUGCUGGAGAGGACUGUACAUGUCGUGUAUGGGGGCUGGAUGGCACACAGCUUAAUUUGAUCAAAGAGCACAUCGGACGAGGAGUAUGGCGGUGUGCCUAUGAUCCUAGUUUUUCACUGCUUGUUACUGCAGGUUUUGAUUCUUCCAUAAAGGUUCACCAGCUGCAUGCAUCUCCUGAAUGUUUGGGCAAAACUGUUGGAGCAUUGGAGUUAUCAUUUAAUCAAAAGGAGGCCUUCAAAAUUUAUAUUCCAAAUUCUACCGAGCUCUUCAGCCACAUGGAUAGCAAGAGUGAAUAUGUUCGUUGUUUGCAUUUUUCACGCGAAGAUUCUCUUUAUGUUGCAACAAACAAUGGCUAUGUGUACCAUGCUAAACUACAUCAUACAGGGCAUGUUAGAUGGACUAAACUUCUCCACGUUGGGGGGGAUGCACCAAUUAUUUGUAUGAACGUCCUAUCAAAUGAGUCUGAGCCUUGUGAAACUGAUGAUUGGAUUGCCAUUGGAGAUGGCAAAGGUAGAAUGAUGAUUGCCCACAUUGCUGGUGAUGUUUAUAACCCUAAAGUAAACCAUUCUCUAACCUGGCCUGCUGAAAUUGAGAGGCAGCUUUUGGGGAUUUACUGGUGCCAGUCUUUAGGAUGUAGGUUCAUCUUCACUGUGGAUCCUAGAGGGAGGUUGAAGCUUUGGAGGCUAUGGAACCCUCUGUUUUCUGCUUCUCAUGUAGAGGGAGUUCUUACUGCAGAACUGGUAUAUGGAUUUGUCUCUUGUUUCGGAAUGCGGAUCAUUUGCUUGGAUGCAUCACUGGACGAUGAGGUGCUGGUGUGUGGAGAUAUCCGUGGAAAUGUGUUGCUGUUUCCUUUGAAAAAGGAUCUAGUAAAUGCUAAACCUUUACCUUCAGAAGAGAAUGUAUCUCCACUGACUUAUUUCAAAGGAGCUCAUGGAAUAUCAACAGUUUGUAGUGUUUCGAUUGCGGGGUCUAUUCCUAGUCAACUUGAUAUAUAUUCUAGUGGAGGAGAUGGAUGCAUCUGCUACUUCGAAUAUGAUAGAAAUCGAAAAAAAUUGGAAUUUACAGGAAUCAAGCAAGUCAAAGAACUGAGCACUGUACAUUCAGUCUACUCCACUGCCAACUACAAUAUUCCAAGUGGUAGCUAUGCUAUAGGUUUUACAUCAUCAGAGUUUAUAAUAUGGAAUUUAAGUUCUGAAAGAAAGGUUGUACAGGUAUCAUGCGGUGGUUGGAGGCGGCCUCAUUCUUAUUAUCUCGGUCAUUCUCCUGAGAUGAGGAAUUGCUUUGCAUUUGUGAAGGAUGGAAUCAUUAAUAUUGAAAGGUAUUGGGUGACAGGGAAUGAGAGGAAGGUGUACCCAAAAAAUUUGCAUUUGCAAUUCCAUGGAAGGGAGAUACAUUCCUUAUGUUUCAUUCGCCCGGAUCCAUCGCUGCGCAACCCAAGUGGAAAAGGGUGUCAAUUUUUUGAACAUAGCUGGAUUGCAACAGGCUGUGAAGAUGGAACUGUGCGAUUGACAAGGUAUGAACCAGAAACUGAGAGUUGGUCAGUUUCCAUGCUGCUGGGGGAACAUGUUGGUGGAUCAGCGGUUAGGUCAAUAUGCACGCUUUCAAAGAUUCAUAGAGUCACGGUGAAGGCAACUGAUGUAUCUGAGAGCAUGCACACACAAAUCGGAAAAUUAGAGAACCAAGAAAAUGUUGUAUUACUGGUGUCAGUAGGUGCAAAAAGGGUAAUAACUGCAUGGAAACAAAAAGUUAGGUCAAUAGAAGAAACUAUGCAAUCUCAAUACUGCGAACAUGAAAACGGAGAUGGAAUAACCUCUCAUGGCCCCUCCCCUUCCAAAAAGUUGUCUCAUCUUUCAUUCCAGUGGCUUUCUAGUGAUAUGCCUACCAGAAAUAACAACUGUUUACAUGAAAAUACUGAGAAGAUAAUUGAAGCUGUUGAAAAUGUCCAACCACUUUCACCGAAAGACAUGAAAGUGGAAUCAGAACUUCACCUUGUAGAUAAAUGUGAAAAUGAUUGGAGAUAUCUCGCAGUUACUGCAUUCCUUGCUAAAGGAUCAGGCUCAAGGGCAACAGUGUGCUUCGUAGUAGUUGCCUGCUCAGACGCUACACUUUCAUUUCGGGCGCUGGUAUUACCCCAUCGACUGUGGUUUGAUGUUGCUAUGUUGACUCCCAUAUCACAUCCUGUUCUAUCUUUACAGCAUGUCAUAGUUCCUAUGCAUUCGUUAUGUGAAGACAACAUACAGACAGGAGAUCUGUAUAUUGUAAUUAGUGGAUCGACAGAUGGAAGUAUUUCACUUUGGGAUCUCACCGAGCAUGUUGAGAACUUUAUGCGACUACUGCCUGGCCUUGAAAUUUUAGAAGGUAUAGAUGAUCAGAAAAGACCCCGUACAGGCAGAGGAAGCCAAGGUGGAAGACGGUGGCGAUCACUUAGUAGUCAUGUCUCCAAGAGAAAAAGCACAGUUGGUGAGCUGUUGUUGACUGAUCGUUCUUUUAGAGAAGAAAACCAGGAAAAUGUUUCUGUGGUGAAAAGGGAUAUGCCUUUACAAAACUAUUGUGAUGACGUGGACACUGUAGUUGGAUGUUUCCAUACCGAACAAAACACGCGUGUUUGUUCUCGAGGUAAGAAUGAUGCAUCAUCAUCAGUCUGUAUGAAAGAGAGAAGGAACAUCCCAUCCCUGAGCAUUUGCGAAAUAGGACCCCUGCAUGUCUAUAACAAUAUACACCAGUCAGGUGUAAACUGUCUUCAUGUUUCAAAUGCCGAGGCGCCAAUAGCUUCUGAUUCAAUUUAUAGGGUCUGUGUUAUAAGUGGAGGCGAUGAUCAGUCAAUUAACUGUCUUACAUUCGCUUUCACUUCUACCCAAAAUUUGGAACUUCCAAAUUUGGAGGCAGAUGUCUCCCCUUCCGCAUCACAAGAUUUGGAAAAUAUCAUUUAUUAUUUUCGAAUUCGAAACCAUCAAAUGAGGCUUCUAUCGGUUGAUAAGAUCAUCUCAGCUCACUCGUCUGCUGUUAAAGGUGUUUGGACAGACGGUACAUGGGUAUUUUCUACUGGUCUUGAUCAGCGUGUUAGAUGUUGGAAUAUCAAACAAGGGAAACUUUUAGAGCGUGCUCAUCUAGUGAUUAGCGUGCCAGAGCCCGAGGCAUUGGAUGCUAUGCCAUGUGAAAACAGGGACCAUUAUCAGAUUGCAGUUGCUGGCAGAGGCAUGCAAAUGAUUGAGUUCUUUGGAUCUGGUAAAAUGAAUCAUGGUCAGUAAGUAGUUCUCUCCAAUAUAGUGUUAUGGAGGCAAGCGUAUCACCAGCUCAUAUACAUGCCCAAUUUGAGAAUCCAGGCUCGGUAGCAGACACUGGGCCGGGACCCAUUGGUGAACCAAAUGGGUAAGGAGGCGCAGUGAAGGAAUGAUCCUUACCUAUUUUGUUGUUUUAGGCGCUGUAAUAAUAAUAAUUAUUUAAUUAUUGUCCUCAUUUGAGUAUUAGCCAGCUUGUUAGUUAGCAAUUAAUUCCUUUUAUAAUUAGGAUUCUUGUAAUAACUAUUUAACGUCUUUUGUAUUAGUAAAAUUUUUCUUUUGGGAAUAAUUAAUUUGAGUGUAUGACGAGGUUGGGCGCU